AUGUCAAGAGAUCCAUACCACGAUUUCGUAUCAGACCUGAAUUCCUCCCUCUCCUCCGCCCGUUCUCUCUCUCAAUCCUAUCGUCAACUUCUUCAAUCAUCUUCAUCAGCAGCACGCGCAUCUUCAUCAUCUGGCGGCGAGGACGUAGAAGAUGUAAAACAGUCCGUCCUCGUCGUGGAGCGUAGUGGUCCAGAAAGGUUUGGAGUGACACCGGAAGAAUUGAAGAGGAGGAAAGAGUUUGUUGCCGAAUGCGAGGCUGAGAUCGAUUCAUUAUCCAAAGUAGUAAAACAAUCCCCACCAUCCGGCAGAGCUUCCUCAACCAAAAUCAACCUCCCAGAAGAAGAAGACAAAGAUGCAACGGAAGCUUUCGAACGUGAACAACAACAGAUCUUGAUAUCGCGCCAAGACUCAACCCUGGACAAGAUCGGCACCACCCUCAAUUCGCUCCGCAACCAAGCUGUCAUGAUGGGCCAAGAGAUCGGCGAACAGAUCGAAAUCAUUGAUGCGUUCGAUACAGAAGUAGAUCACGGCCAAGGGAGGUUGAGUAAAGCGAUGCGGAAAAUGGAUGAAGUGGUUAGAAUUAGCGAUGAAAGAUUGGGAGGGUGUUAG